UCUCCAUUGUUUAACAAUGACCGUCCUAGAAGUGAACCACUAAUUACUAACAAACUCAUUGUUUCACAGGUCUAAACUGUUAGCGUCGCCCACUACUUGGCGCCAUUUUCAUACAUGGCUGUCGUCUGCUUUCGUCGUACGGAACGCUUCAUACCAAUAAUUUGUUUUCGCAUACGUACGUACCAAGGAGGAGAUCAGUAAUAAGUUAAAUCGGCUCUGUUAAAUGUCGUCAGAAAGUCAAGAUGGAUAGUUACGAAGAUGAAGAAAAUGUCGACGAAGAAAAAAUCAAUGAAAUCCCGGUGACAUCGUCUCUGUUUCGUCUCAAUUGGAUAAGUGAUGACAGCGAUUCUGAUGACGAAAAUGCUGACGACAACAACCGAGAGACCAAGCAGCAGCCACAAUCCCAAUUCCUGACUUCAGACCAAGAGAACAGUGCUCAACUUCAAAGCCCGAUCAGAGGAAAACAAAAUGGAGAUGAUGAUAGCAAGAACGAUAAGGACCUGACAGUCCCUUCAUCGGAAGACCUCUCUACAUCUGACCGAAAUGAAAACCAGAGUAACUACGGAAGUCUGGGCAGACGGCUGGCCAAGAAAAGGAGCAUAUCAUCGCGAACACCUUCUUCACCUGGCCCUCACAUAAAGAACGCUGGAGUGGUUGAUGUGAGUUCGAAAAUUGCAUUAAGGAAGAAAACAAAGGACAACCCCUUCAAUAGCCUCGAGAAGAUGGCGGCCAUUUUACUGAACGUUGAAGAGAUGAAGUUGGUGAUGCAUUUUAUGUAUGAAUAUUGUAAAAGCAACGAUGUUGAAUUGCUCGUCAGCCAGUUGUAUGAUAUACUAAACAUAGGCCAUAAACGCCAGCUGUUCGUUCAAGUACGAGAAGCCAUAUCACCGUUUCAUUGCGAUCAGUUCGACGCUGCACUGGCGAGACAUCACAACAACGACUUCCGAAAGACAGAUUCCAAAAGACAGCUUCUGGAUUGUGGUAACGUUGACCAGCCGCUGCUGAGGGAGGUGCAGUUCAGGAGAAGACAACUCGAACUACAACUUCAGAUGUCAGAACAGAUGAAAAAAGUGAGGCCAAAACAUUAUAAAUGCAGCAACGAUGAUGAACUUGAGAAUCUGAUAACAGUCUACGUGUCCAAGAACAAUCCGACGUUAGGAAUAAGUGUUACCCGUGGAUCCGAUCCCUGUAAUCCAGUCUUAAUAGAAAGCGUUCAUCCGGGAGGAGCAGCUGCUCAGACUCAGAAAAUUCUACCUGGUAUGACAUUAAUUUCGAUUGAAGAUGAAGAUAUUCGCUGUGUCAGUCACCAGGCAGCUGUGUUUCUUAUAAGAAAGGCGUUUUGCAGUCACAAGCGUCCAUAUUUAAAGAUGAUACUAAGGAAACCUAGCACAACCAACAGUCCUGAAACGGCAGCCGUUUGAUUAUGGAAACCCAGGCAGAAAACAAGAAGAAUUUCCAAACAAUAAAAUACUCUAUGGACAGUAAACUGGUGCCAGUCCCUUGUAAAUACCCCUCAUAGGUUAAAACGAGUGUAGGGAGAAAGCUCCAGAACUUACGCAAAACUUUACCUUUGUAUCACGUUUUGUGCAUGAAAUUUCCAGUGAACUUGAAUAACAUAACGUUGAACUAGAAUAACAUGUUCUUUUAUUCGUUAUAAUCAUUCGGCUGCGGUCAUGCUAGAGGUACCAUCGAAAUUUUGAAUUUCUUGUUUGGCUGAUUUCGUCAGGAUGAUGGAAUUUCGUAUCACCAAUCCUGUAUGUGCUUUUGCCCUGGUUGUAGGCCCAUUUGGUUUUUGAGGGAGUUUGACACCGCUGCCCUCAUAUGUACUUCAUGCCGGGCUGUUGGUUCAUCCAGUAUUGUGGAGAGGAGAAUGUCUAGUUUCUUUUUGAAGACAUUCACGUCCAUAUUGGGUAGGUUUCUGAAUUCUUGUGGCAGGGUAUUGAAGAGCUGUGGGCUUUUGAAGCCUAAAUCUAUUGCAAGAUGUAUAUGUGUAUAUAUGACAGUUUGACCCUUCUCGUCAGAUAUCUAGAGAUGGGAUCGUCCAACGAUCUCACGAAAUUUUAAAUCACAUGAAUCUGAGACAAACUGUUAUUUAAGAAUACAUCUUGUGCCUACCAAAUGUAUUGUGUUUCAUUUACUUUCGUUUGUCCAUUUGCUAGUGCAUAUAUAUUUAUAUACACACACACUUAUAUAUGUAUAUAUAUAUAUAUAUAUA